GUCUAUAUCCCACACGGAGCGCUCACAACAACUGGAGCUGUGGCUGGCAGGGAGAAAAAUACAGAACUGCUGCUGUGCAUGAUAGUACUGAGAUAAAGAGAGAAGAAAACAGGAUUGUCAGCCUUUGUAGUGCUGACAAGGACUGGUGUUAAUUCCUUGAUCAGGUGAAUGCACAGAAGGGAGAAGAGUAAGAAAAAAUAGUAUGUUGCAGUUUAACAUGCGGAGACAAUUUCCUUUCCUAAAGCAUAAAGGCAGUGAAAGAGAAGCACCCAAUGUCCUCCUGGAGCCCAACAAGGGGAAGAAUGACGAAGGCAUGCAUGUAGAUAAGAAGAGUGGCUUUUCUGCUACUGCUCCAUUGAACUCCCAGCCCCUGCUGCUCCUGGGACCUGAGGGGAAUUACAACUAUUAUGUGGAUGAUGAAGAUGAGGAAGAGGAAGAGAAAGAACAAGAACAAGGAAAAUGGCCAAGUGGAGACAUAUUUGAUGGAGAAAAAAAGCCCUCAUCAUCCAUUCCUUGCUCCCCUGUGCUUUCCUCUGGAGCCCUGGCUAAGGCUUCCACUUCACCCGUGCUGAACAUCAAUGUUGGUGGCCAAAGCUACCACCUCACCUACCAGGCAGUGGCCAUCUACCCCAAGACGCGCCUGGGCCGCCUGGCUACCUCCACUGACCGUCGCUGCCAGCUUGGCCUGUGCGAUGACUACGCUGCCCAGGUAGAUGAGUAUUUCUUUGACCGGGACCCGGCUGUCUUCCAGCUGGUGUACAACUUCUAUGCCUCGGGGGUGCUGCAUGUGCGGGAUGAGCUGUGCCCCCGUAGCUUCCUGGAGGAACUAAGCUACUGGGGCGUACGGCUCAAAUACACACCUCGUUGUUGCCGCAUUUGCUUUGAGGAGCGCCGUGACGAGCUGAGCGAGCAGCUCAAGGUCCAGCGCGAGCUGCGCUCCCAGGCAGAGGCUCAGGAAAAUGAACAGCUCUUCCACCACAUGCGUUACUACGGUCCCCAGCGCUGGCGCCUCUGGAACCUUAUGGAGAAGCCCUUCUCCUCUGUCACUGCUAAGGUGAUGGCAGUGGCCUCCAGCUUCUUCGUGCUUAUCUCCGUGGUGGCCCUGGCACUCAACACAGUGGAGGAGAUGCAGCAAGUAGACCAUAAAAGUGGGGACAGCCGGCCUGUCUUGGAGCACAUUGAGACCCUGUGCAUUGCAUUCUUCACACUGGAGUACCUGCUGCGUUUGGUCUCUACCCCAGACCUACGCCGCUUUGCCAGCAGCGCCCUCAAUGCAGUAGACCUUAUUGCUAUCCUGCCCCUCUACCUGCAGCUGCUGCUCGAAUGCUUUGCUGAUGAUGACCAGCCCCGAGGUCGGGGCUCUCAGCAUGAGCAUGAUAUCGAGAAGGUGGGACGGGUGGGCAAGGUGGGACAAGUGCUUCGCAUCAUGCGCCUCAUGCGCAUCUUCCGCAUCCUCAAGCUGGCCCGCCACUCCACAGGGCUUCGUGCCUUCGGCUUUACCUUGCGCCAGUGCUACCAGCAGGUGGGCUGCCUUUUGCUCUUCAUUGCCAUGGGCAUCUUCGCCUUCUCUGCCAUGGUCUACACAGUGGAGCACGAUGUCUCCAGCACCAACUUCACCAGCAUCCCUCAUGCUUGGUGGUGGGCUGCCGUCAGCAUCUCUACAGUGGGAUACGGAGACAUGUGUCCAGAAACUCACCUUGGCCGGCUGUUUGCUUUCCUCUGCAUUGCAUUUGGAAUAAUCCUGAAUGGCAUGCCCAUCUCCAUUCUCUACAACAAAUUCUCAGACUAUUACAGCAAGCUGAAGGCCUACGAGUACACAGCUCUCAAGAAAGAAAGGGGGAAGGUGGACUUCACACGGAGAGCCAUGAAGAAAAUAUCUGAAUGCUGUGGAGAAGGUGCAGCCCAGCCUUUGUCACAGCACUGACACAGUUUGUGCUGUGGAUAUUGGGAAGCAACAAAGAAGCUGAAGGAGAAAGAACAAUAGAUCAGCCAAGCUAACUGGGGAUAAACUGAAAAGCCAAAAGUAACAAAAGUAGAUGAUGAAAUCUGUUUAGCAGGGGGUUGUUUUCAAAAGAAAAGAGGCUCAGACUAAGACAGAAGAUUCGUGCCCCGCCUCACCCCCCCACC